GUGGACUGUAUAGUUUUAUCCAUUUCAUAUCAAUGCUCUUUCUCGAUUCAUUUUGCCUUAUCCCACUUAUUCACAGUCUGCACCGUAUAAUGUGAGGCUCCCACCAUCUUUUUCCAUAAGAAGAAAAACCCACUUCCUUCUGCUAAAAUCCAAAGAUCACCAUGGGAGAUGUGGAUCCAGCCUUCGUUCAAGAACAAGAACACAGGCCAAAACUGGGAAUUACUGAAGCCGAAGGGAUACCCAUAAUUGAUCUCUCCAUACUAAGCUCUUCCGAUGCCACCCCAGAUCACUCUCAAGCACUCGAGGGUCUUGUUAAGCAGGUAGGCAACGCAUGCAGGGACUGGGGGUUUUUUCAAGUGAUAAAUCAUGGGGUAUCACUGGAAAAGCGAGAAAAGAUUUUCAAUGCUUCAAAGGAAUUUUUUGCUCAGCCUGUUGAGGAGAAAAACAAGAUUAGGAGAGAUGAUAAAAGUAUGUCGGGUUACUAUGACACUGAGCAUACCAAAAAUGUUAGGGACUGGAAAGAGGUGUUUGAUUUCGCUUCGCCAAAUCCAAUUUUAAUGUAUGCUUCGUGUAAACCUCAUGAAGGGGAGAUCAUCAAGUGGUACAAUAAAUGGCCUGAGUAUUAUCCUGAGCUGAGCACUGCUGUGAGCAGGGAAGUCUGUGAAGAUUAUGCUAAAGAAAUAGAAAGACUCGCCUUUACGUUGAUGGAGCUUAUUGCCCUGAGUUUAAGCUUGCAGCCAGAUAGGUUCCAUGGCUUCUUCAAAGAACAGACCACCUUCAUUAGGCUCAACCACUAUCCACCUUGCCCUGCUCCACACCUAGCUCUUGGGGUUGGUCGACACAAGGACCCUGGUGCCUUGACCAUCCUUGCCCAAGAUGAUGUGGGAGGACUUGAAGUGAGGCGUAAAUCUGAUGGAGAGUGGAUUUUUGUCAAGCCAACCCCAAAUUCUUACAUAAUCAAUGUUGGUGACGUUAUUCAGGUAUGGAGCAAUGAUGCUUAUGAAAGUGUGGAGCACAGAGUGAAGGUAAACUCUGAGAAGGAAAGAUUUUCUAUUCCAUACUUUUUCAAUCCAGCACAUGAUACCUUGGUGAAGCCCUUAGAGGAGAUAGCAAAUGAGAAAAAUCCUGCCAAAUUCAGGCCUUAUACUUGGGGGGAGUUUUUGGCCACCAGAAAGCGUGGUAAUUUCCAAAAGCUUGAUGUUGAGAACAUCCAAACCUAUCACUUCAGGGUAUCAGAAUCAGCUGACAAAUAAUUAGAGGGUGCAUUGUCCAUAAAAAAUU